UGUCGCGUUAUCCACAAGAGCUAAGUAGGACUAGGCCACCAUCUGCACGUGUACAGUGCUUCUUGUGUUGUCAACGUCUCAAGCAACGGAUUCGGUCGGAGACACCUGAGCUUACCUAAUGCCCGCGGAAUCCACUCGUGCUCACUGCAAACUGCCAUCUCUUGCAAAAAAAAUCAUAAACCGAAUCAUCUCAAAGCUAAAAUUUGAACAGCGUAUCGAAUCAUCACACUGGACGGCAAAGGGCUGUGUUAUAAACGUUGUCUGAAAUCUUAGGGCGAUGAUUCAGAGGCUAGCAGGCGAAGCUGCACCUCCGUUAGCGGAGACCCCGUCUUGUCUAGACCCUCUGACACACCAGCAGACGAUGGAUGCAUCAGAGGUGGGCCAAAUGGGCCUGCUGAUCAGCCACGGACCAUCUGCUCAACCCACAGGUACCGAUCGAGAACAUGUGCUCACUGACUCGGAGGACUUGUCUUCGACGGUGCGUUCCCGUUCGCCUGGCUCUUGUGCAGAGAUUGAUCGUCGAGUUUUGUCGCCGUCGACAUCCCCGAACUUGAGCCAACACCAACGCGCCCAUCAUCACCAGAAUCAAAAUCACCACCAGCACCCGGAAAGGAAUAUGGCACCGGCCCUAGCACUCAACAGACCCGUGAAACUCACCGCGUUUUCUGUGGCUGACAUUCUCAACCCAAACAAAUUCAACGGCCCGGCCUCCAAGUUGCCCCGGCCGUGUGAUUACAAUGAUGACCACGCCGUCCCGGAACACUGUCAUCACCGGACCAGCUCUGCGUCCCCCGCAGCACCGCCGUCAUCACCGCAAAGUGUAAGCAGUUAUCCAUGGUCUUCAGCGUGGGUUAGUGCAGAUAAACACUGCAACGGAGAAAACAAGGUUUCCGGUAAUUCUGAAUCAGACCAAUCUCACGGAGAAGAACCCAACUACGAACGGGUUACAGCGAAAGAUGAUAUAUUUCGGGAGAGUAUGGACAGCGAGGAAGAUCAGGGAUCCAUUGAUAACGACGACGACAUCGCAUCAGACGAUCGAGACAAGGUGGACAGCGAUGACAGUGACGCCAAGUCUGACGGCUCACCGGGGAAAAAGCGUAAGCGGUCGGACUCGGAUCCGGGUAAGGCUGGCAAGCCCCGCCGGGCCCGCACGGCAUUCACUUACGAACAACUGGUAGCCUUAGAGAACAAAUUUAAGAGUACAAGGUAUCUGUCCGUAUGCGAGCGGCUCAAUCUGGCGUUGUCCCUCAGUCUCACCGAAACACAGGUCAAAAUCUGGUUUCAGAACCGCCGCACCAAGUGGAAAAAACAGAAUCCAGGGAUGGAUCCGAAUGCCCCCACCAACAACCCUCAGUCGCCGCCACCCCAUCAUGUCGGCUUACACACUACCUACAAUUCGGGACUGGUGUACGGGUCACAGCUACCCUACCUGCACGGUGCUUCAGGGGCUAUGUCUUACCUUGUCAGUUCUCCGGCUUAUCCAGGCCUUCACGCCCACCACUUCUACUCACACCUUGGCCACGUUUGAUGUCUCUUACCUGGCGAGUAAUCUAAACUCUAUAAAUGUGAUUUACUUUUGAUUAUGUACAUAGUGCAGAAAUUGUAUUGCCAUUGAAAGUGUAAAAUUAAUUAUUAUUAUCUCAAAUCAAAACCGUAACCCCAAAAUGGCAUACUAAACACCCACUUUUAACCGAUAUCCGAACCCAACCACACUUGUGAAAUAAAUAUUCUGGUCUUCCCGCAAAUGGGACAGCAACCAUUCUUUGCAGCGUGCAAAGACGAUUCUGAGUAAAACAAUUUUUUUACAGGGGUGCAAUGGUGCAAUAGCUUAAUAGCAUUUCUAAACUGUUGUGUAGCUACACAGUUGGUGUACUGGAAUGGGAUUCUUACACAGUUUUUACUGAAUGUUUUUUAACUGAACUAGUUGGGCAUUUGUGAUCCCAAUGACCUGCAUUAACAGCGGUAAAUUUUGAACAUUGUGACCUGACAUGUUCGCCAUCCAACUUAUCGAUGGUUCAAACUUUGAAGGGGGUGAAUAGUUUUACAUGUACAUGACUACUGGACUCCACACGAAUUUGGAAAUUUACAUGUACAAUGUAUGGAGUUAACAUGUUUGAAAGCAUACUUGCAAACUGCCUGUCGCAGGGUUGUUUCUUUUGAUGAUGGUGAAUUGUAACAAUAUCUGAUUUUCAAUCAGCCCAGAUUCCGAAUACCAAAGCCUUUACGGUACGGCUCCUUAUGGUGGGUGAAAUCAUACGACACAGAAGUGAAUUUGCACAUGGUCUCACAGAUUAAACGGAAAGUUUGCGCGACAUCUCCAUUGAAUAUGAAAGUCUGGGUGGGGAGCAGUGGCCGUAGACUUGUUUGAAGGUGCCAAGAGUUUCCUUGAUUGUUAUUCGACUGAAUUUCACCAAAAUUAUGCAUAGCUUCCUGUAACGUUAUUUUUUGUUGUUAUACAAAUGAAUUUUGUUCGCCGAGUUCUCCUUACAAUAUAUCGGUUUUGUAAAGUGCAUUUUGCACUCCCAUGUAGCAAAAGAAACGUAAUUAACAUAAAGUAAAAGUUUAAAAACUCCGAAACGGGUGGAACUCUGUAGAAGUAAAACUUCGUCGAAUGAAACCCCAUAAAAUGAGAAGGCAUCUGCUACCUACAAGGAGUAGCAACAGGUUUUCAAAUUGUUUGACGCCGGAUAGUUCUGAAUAUUCCGUAUCCAAUCUUUUUUAAAAGUCAACUCGAUGAAUUCAGAUCUACUUGAAACACCAUCAUUUUUAUGCAGCACGGCUUUUGGUUGCAUUAUUCCUUACCAACAGCCCAUGUGUUUGUGUUCAUGGUCAUUUUCAUGUUCAAAUGUUAAGAGUAUACCUUCUACCUGGAUAUUUUGUGUACUCAAACUGUAGCCUGUAUUCAAUCGCAAUUCAUCUCAUCUUUAUUCACAGUGUUGCAGUAGUAGUCCCAUAUUUGAAAUUUCCUGUAUAUGUAUCAUUUGUAUGUACAUGUAUGUAAAUAAUGAAUUAACACUUCCCCUGACUCGUGCAAAUGAUGUUUUGUAUUAUGAACAAAUUAAAAGAUUAUAAACUAUGCCAUCCUUAAACCAUCCUUAUGUAUAUGUUUCUAUUCUUUCUUUUUUGUUGAAACUGAUAUCAGUCUGGGGCAUUUCCAAACUGUGAUAUGAUAGGCAUUUCGAUUUACAAAAAAGUUUUCGCAGUUUCUUCGAUGUUUCUUGACGAGUUUACCAAUAAUAAAAAAAACAUGAGAAAGCAUAGAAAGGGCCAGAAG